AUGACUUCGAAAGUGCGUUCUGGUAAAAAUAUUACUAAAGCAGCAGCGGUCCUAGUUGAUAAAAAAAAGAAGAAGUCCAAGAAGAGGAUUGAAUCUUUUGGAAUUUAUGUUUACAAAGUCCUUAAGCAAGUGCAUCCUGAUACGGGUAUUUCCAGUAGAUCUAUGAGUAUUAUGAAUAGUUUAAUGUUUGAUGUUUUUGAACGACUUGCUAAGGAAGCAUCUUUCCUGGUUAAAAGCAACAAACGGAAUACUCUUUCAAGUCGAGAAAUCCAAACUGCAGUCCGAUUAGUCUUUCCGGGUGAGCUUGGCCGACAUGCUAUUUCAGAAGGGGCCAAGGCUUUGACUAAAUACAUGUCCGACAAGAAAUGA